CUGUCAGGCUGCUGCUAAGGUAGCUCCGGUACUGGCUGUGGCUUUAGCAGGGACGCGGCGGGCUGACGCGGACGGAGGAGUCGGGGUUCCUGGAGAGCUGCGACGUAUUUUUACAGAAUGUCAUCAGAUGAGGAGAAAUACUCAUUUCCAGUUAUGCAGAAUGACUGCAACCAAAACAGUUCAAGCUCUUCAGAUCUUCAGGAAGAGUAUGAAGAAUUGCUUCGUUAUACUAUAGUGACUCCAAAUAUUGAACCAGGUACUUCACAGCCAUCUCAUUCUAAGGGAGAAGUGGUGCCCGAUGUUAGAUUUCAUACUAUAAUUGAUGAUACUCUUCAUAAUCAAGUAAGAAGAGAAAGAGAAACAAGGACGGAAGUUAGAAAAGGAUGUGAUUUAAAUAUUUCAAGUCAUUCAAAGACAGAAGGGUUAUCACCAGUGUCAUCACCAAGGAAGCCUUUUCACCCGGUCAUGGAUUUUUUCAGUUCAAAUAUUUUAGGCGACUCUUCCACACCAGGGUCUAAUUCUAGUCAUGCAGGUAUCCAUGAAAUAAUUGUGGGCAAUUCUGUUGUUUCUGAAGAAAACCUUCAAAAGGUGGAAAGUGUACUGGAUCUUUGGAGUUCAGGUCUUAAGACAAACGUCAUAUCUGAACUAACUAAAUGGAGACUAAAUUUUAUUGACUGGCACCGUAUGGAAAUGAAAAAAGAGAAAGAAAAACAUGCAGCACAUUUAAAACAACUGUGCAACCAGAUCAACAGCUUGAAGGAGCUGCAGAAAGCCUAUGAAAUUUCCAUUGGGAGAAAAGAUGAGGUGAUCUCCAGCUUGUCUCACGCCAUAGGCAAGCAAAAGGAAAGGAUGGAGCUGAUGAGAACAUUCUUCCACUGGCGGAUUGGCCAUGUCAAAUCCAGACAGGAUGCUUAUGAAGGGAAACUAGCUGACCAGUACUUCCAGAGAAAUUUACUGAAGAAAGUGUGGAUAGGCUGGCAUUCUACGGUGCAAAAGAAGUGGAAGGACUUGGUAGAGCGAGCUUGUCAAGCAAGAGCUGAAGAAGUUUGUGUCCAAAUUUCCAAUGAUUAUGAAAACAAAGUUGCUGUGUUAUCUGGAGCUUUGGAAAAUGCAAAAGCUGAGAUUCAAAGAAUGCAACAUGAAAAAGAGCACUUUGAAGAUUCCAUGAAGAAAGCUUUCAUGCGGGGGGUCUGUGCAUUAAAUCUUGAAGCCAUGACAAUGUUUCAAAACAGAAAUGAUGCAGACUUCACAAAUAGUAAGAAGGAGGAAUAUGGUCCUGUUCAUCUGGAUCCUUCGGCUCCGAUACCCUCAGGAGCCGCCCCAGCACCGUCCUCAGCAGCAGCAGCCAUGGGAGUGGCCAGCACUGCCGCCUUUCCCUCUGCCACGUCCAUCACCUCCGCGGGGACUGCUUCCGCCUCCUGUGUGUCUGCUCCUCUGGGUGCGGGGUCCACGGCUCCCACGGCGUCAGAAGAAACGUAUGUACCCAGAGUUGUGACAUCUGCACAACAGAAAGCUGGAAGAACAAUUACAGCCCGGAUCACGGGGAGAUCUGAUUUUGCUUCAAAAAACAGAAUUAGUAGCAGUUUAGCUAUAAUGGGAGUUUCUCCUCCCAUGAGUUCAGUUGUUGUGGAAAAACAUCAUCCAGUCACAGUGCAAACCAUUCCUCAAGCUGCUGCAGCAAAAUACCCCCGGACUAUUCAUCCUGAAAGUACUACCUCAGCUUCCAGAUCUCUCGGAACCAGAUCGACUCACACCCAGUCUCUCACAAGCGUUCAUUCCAUCAAAGUGGUUGACUGAAAUGAAUACGUUCAUAUUAAGAUCUUUUAAGUGCUCUGGUUUUACCAAGGAUUAGAAGUCUUUAGUUUCAAAUUUUUCCAUAUUGCAUGAACAUCAUGGAUACAUCAUGUUCAUCUUUUCAGAAUUAUAAGAGACUUUUUCAAGCCACACCAUCCUUUGUAAAAUAAUAUGUAGGAUUAUUUUAAUGUUAUUUUUUUAAUUUAAGCAAUGAAGUAAAACUUUUUUAAAUUAAAAAACUGGACUAUAUUUUUUAAUAGGCUCAGCCUGUGGCUGAUUAUAUCAUCAAAGUAUAUAAAUCCUGUUUUCUCGACAUUAUUCCACAAAGCUGAAUCAUUUCCAAGGUUACUAAGUAAACUUUAAGAGAAGUUUAUUUUAAAAAUUAUUAAAACUAAUUGAAACUAAGGUAUUUUUAUUUUUAAGUGAAAAAGAUAAAGACCAAGAGUAGUGAUAUUUAUAUCACAGUUUUUUGUGACUGUAGGGUAUUUAUCUUCAUUUUCUAGUAGUCCAGCAAUUAAAAACAGGGGGAAAUGGCAACACCUAUGAAUAAUUUUUGAUGUUAAAAGGAAAAAAAUUUACCAGCACAAAAACACAGUUACAGAAACAUCAAAAGAAAAUUUUCUAUUAGAAUGAUCCUAUUUCUGAUAUUCUUCAUUGCCUCUUUGGAAACCUCAGUUUGGAAUCCAUAUUGUUCUCUCUAAACAUCCAGUGUCCUGGAGUGGUGUUGCCCUGGGCAACUCGGCAAAUCUGCCAAGCCUGCGUAGAGACUUCAAUGCUGGCCAAUAAGAAGAAACCAUCUGGGCAAAACUGACCAAGCAGUACAGAACCAGGCUUCUAAUGAUUCGUUGCUGGCUGCCUGGGUUAAAGUACUUAUGGGUGCAUAAAACAUGAGUAGAUUCUGAAGUAUCUGUCUAGGGCCUCAAUUUCCGUAUUGUUAACAGGAGUGGAUAGAUUUAAUAAUCUGAAGCCUCUUCCAUUUUGUACAUGACCUAGUUCUAUGCUCUAAUUGUAUUGCAGGAAACAGUUUUUCUUACGUCCUUACAUUGUUAACAGGACAUCAGAUAUCCCAUUUUCUAAAGGGGCAAAUCAGGGCUUUUCUGAAUUAUUAGAAGUAUCUGGCCAUGUCUUAAAGAGUAUUAAUUAGAUCCUUCUUAUGCCAAACUUGUUCUGGGUUCUGGUCCAGCUACUACUGUAGCAAACAGCUCAUGGGUUACAACAAACACAAACCAGCAGCACCUCAUCUGCUGCCUGUACAGAGGGCAAUCUCCUUGCCCCCUUCCUCUCCCUGAGGGCUUCCUCCCCUCCCAGUCCAGUCAUGAGGGACAGGCAGGCUCCAUUUGCAGUCCACUCAUGCAGCCCUGAAUUAGCACCCAUUGUGGUAAACAGAUCAAGUCUUCCUUUCUCCCCGAUAUGCAUAGCCAUCCCAUCUCUCAUCUCUUUGAAAAGAGUAUCCUUGAGGUCAAAUAAGUUGUGCUUGGUACCAGGUGAUGGCCAAUAUGGUAAUUCAUCCUGGUCUAGGCUCUCCCUCCGUCGCCAUAUCACCCCUUUUCCUUCACUCCUGCUCCCCUGAGUUCGCAUUCCUGAAAGAAGCAGUGGCACGUAAACUGGCUUCAGGCUCCGCUUUUUUAAGAACCUCAAUUACAAUUAGGAGCAGUUUUCAGUGUGCAAGCCAUAACCAUGUUGACAAACUUACGUCAAUAUUAUGAAUACUGUAAUUAAGAAUAUUAUAAAUCUUUUUUAAGUUCUGGAAACUAUAUGGUAUAAAGCAUCAAGUAAUUAGUGUUAGCCUAAGUUAACAUAAAUUCCACAAUUAAAACACUUCAUGCAAUAA